GCAUCCGCCUCGAGGGGGCGCCAUCCGCACUAUCAUUACGGAGGCAAGCCGCUACACGGACCCAGGAGAGGGGCGUUUGAGAACGAGCGCGAUGCUGGGAUUGGCCCGUCCUGUUUUCCGUCAGUGUCCGGGCUUGAGGCAACUUUUCUCGGGCGCUGUGAGGGAGCGGUUCGGCGGCGCUAUGCCCCGGAAGGGGAAAGCUCAGACUAAGGAUAUAGUAACGCCUAAUGAUCCUUCAAGCCCUGUGGCAAUUGAUAAAACUGGCUCUGUUACCAUUGCUGUUCAUGCCAAACCUGGAGCUAAACAAAAUGCUGUAACAGAUCUGACAACUGAAUCGGUGGGCGUAGCCAUUGCUGCACCUCCAUCCGAAGGGGAGGCCAAUACAGAGCUGUGUCGCUAUCUUGCCAGGGUCCUUGAAGUUAAGAAGAGCGAGGUGGUGUUAGAAAAGGGUGCUAAAUCACGAGAAAAAGUAGUGAAGAUUUUGGGACCCCUGACUCCCGAGGAAGUCUUGGAGCGGCUGAGAAAAGAGGCUGGGAGCUGAGACAUCUAGUGGUGCUGAUGAAGAUGCUGUCAGAGCUUUAGCAAGUCCUUCCACUGGAUACGCCAAAAAGAGGAGGCCAGUGCACACAACAAUGGGCAGCAGGGGAACAUUAACUCCUGUCAGUGUCUUGCUUGACAUAUGGCAUCUGGACAGUGCUGGGAAGAUCAAUGUUUAUUUUCAUGUUAGUAACAAUUCUCCACCCCCCCACCCCCGCCCCCAACAUACACACACAUGCAGUGAUUGAAACGUUAUACUAAGAUUUCAGCUCAUGGUCAUUUGGUAUGCAUGAAUUCAUCAUGAGAGAGUAUUGAUAACCUGUGUUCCAUUGCAUUUUGGUUUGAGGAAACAACCAUGUGGGGCCUGUUUUCUCCUUGAGGUUUAAGAAGUUUUUAAAGAAUCGCUGCAAAGAAUUUUGACUGCUGCAUUCUGCCAGAGCUUCAUAAAAUUCUACCUACAGUACUGUUUUCUGGCUGGGUAUUUUGGAUUUCUUUUUUCACAUCAUGCCAUGCUCACUGCCUUGCAGGCAGUCAAGGUACCGUCAGUACUUGUCCACUUUAAAAUAAAGUGAGUCUGUCAUGCUCUCA